AUGCGAUUCUUAUGACAGGCAAAUAUCAUCGCAUAUCGCAUAUCGCAAAGUUCAACAUAUUCAUACUUCUUUUGUAGAAAGCGGUAAAAAUUCUAAAUUGAUAAGCGGUGGGUGUGUACUCUUGAGGAUCAACUGUCGACUGUACUCGACGAGAUGUAUGAACUUGAAUACUUGUGUGCAAUCAGUUUCUAUUGAAAUCAUAGUAUCAAUCGUUUUCUCUAAUUUUCUUGAGUGUGCGAUUUCGUUGAAAAUACGAGGUUGCAGUUCGUAAUACUGACGUGGCGAGACUUUGACAGAAAAAUCAUUAUCUUGCAACUUCAAAAUAAUUAAGAUAGAGGUAACGAUGAGUGCAAAUAUGGAGUAUUCAUGGCACCUCCUCGUCGGUUUGGUAGUAGUGGCGAUUUCUGCUGUAACGUCAGAGUCUGUGAACCGACGCUCGAGUACGUCGCGAGUUGACAACGAUGUAGACUACCGACUGCCAAACAACACAAUCCCGCUUCACUAUGACAUUCGACUUGUACCCUUCCUUGAAAAUGGAAAUUUCACGUUUGGCGGCGAAGUUACGAUAGAUGUAAUGGUUGUGGAGCAAACCUCUACGAUUGUCCUGCACGCAUACGAUAUUGACAUAAAUAAUGACACCGUGGUGGUAACAUCUGACAAUGUGACAUAUGCGAUCAGCAACAAAACCUUCAAUACAGAUCUGCAUUUUUAUACACUGAACUUCGCAACGAGUCUCGAACCAGGAAACUAUUCUAUCUAUAUUGAGUAUGUCGGAAUUUUAUCGGCUAGUAUGGAAGGCUUCUAUCGCAGCUACUACACUACGAGUUCUGGGGAAACAAGGUGGCUAGCAACUACUCAAUUUGAGCCGGUUUAUGCCCGUCAGGCAUUUCCGUGCUUUGACGAACCGGCUUUAAAAGCACGCUUCACGAUUAGCAUCGCUCACUGGCCGAACCAAACUGCUAUUUCAAACGCAGCAGUUGCGUCCACUUCAGGAGCCGAUUCUACCAUAGAAAAUCGAGUGUGGACAUAUUUCGAAACGACGCCAUUAAUGUCCACGUACCUUGUCGCCUUUGUAGUAUCUGACUUCGAAUACCAAUCAAAUGAUGACGAGUCAUUCAGGGUUUGGGCUCGCUCAGACGCUCUGAAUACUACGACCUACGCCGUCACCGUUGGUCAGGAGAUAUUGGCUGAUAUGAAUGAUUUUACCGGAAUCGACUACAACCUGUCAUUCUCGAAGAUGGAUCAGAUUGCAAUACCAGACUUUUCCGCGGGAGCUAUGGAAAAUUGGGGUCUUGUUACUUACAGAGAGCGGCUUCUGUUGUAUAAAGAUGGUGUGGCGACCACACGAAACAAACAAAACAUCGCGACGGUGAUUGCACACGAGUUCGCUCAUCAGUGGUUUGGUAAUCUGGUGAGUCCACUAUGGUGGAAAUAUCUUUGGCUCAAUGAAGGAUUUGCAACGUAUUUCGAGUACUACUCGACAGCAACCGUUGAAACGACUUGGCGUCUAGCAGAACAGUUCACGGUCGAUUACUAUCACCCUGCACUACUCGCCGAUAGUUUAGAGACGUCUCAUCCCAUCAAUGAAGACGUUUACAGUCCGAGCGAGAUUAACGCAAUUUUCGACACUAUCUCUUAUUCGAAAGCUGGUUCUGUCAUCCGUAUGAUGCAGCAUUUCCUUGGGGGGCCUGUAUUCCAGGCAGGAUUACAACUUUACCUGCAGAACAUGGCAUAUGGUGCCGCAACACCUGAUGAUCUCUGGGAGGCGCUUACAACUGCAAAUACCAAUAUGUCGAGUCCAAUUUUGCAUACGCACGUUGACAUAAAAACUGUAAUGGAUACCUGGGUGAACCAAAAAGGAUAUCCUCUGGUUACCGUGACAAGAAACUACACAACAGCUACCCAGGAAAUAUCACAAGAACGUUUCCUGCUGAAGGGUCGUGGCUCAUCGAAUGACACAACGGAGUACAAAUGGUGGAUUCCAAUCAACUUUGCUUCGCAAGCUAACAUUGCCUUUACUGCGACAGCACCAUCUGACUGGAUUCGUUCACAAGAUGAUAGCGUGGUGAUUAGUGGUUUCUCGCCUACACAAUGGGUCAUCUACAAUGUGCAGCAAACAGGUUUCUACCGCGUCAACUACGAUGAUACUAAUUGGGGCAUGAUUUCCUCGUAUCUCCAGACGUCAGCCUAUAUAAUUAUUAACGUACUAAACCGUGCGCAGCUCAUUGACGAUUCGUUAAACUUGGCACGUGCUGGGUACCUCAACUACAGUGUCGCUUUGCCUGUAACCCGUUACUUGACUCAAGAGACUUCUUAUGCUCCAUGGGCAGCUGCAUUCACUGCUUUUACUUACUUAAACACAAUGCUGGCGAACUCCACAGGCUACGAAGAUUUCAAGACGUACGUGUUGUCACGCGUUACUCCGAUCUAUGAAUCCCUUGGCCAUGAGGAACUAAGCUCUGAUGAACACAUCACCAAAUUACAUAGGCUGAGUGUUAAUUCUUGGGCUUGCCGGAUGGGCUCCACAACCUGUCGGGAGAAAGCAGAGGAACUACUGCUGGACUAUUACAGUAGCUCAGAUCCAACCGAUUCAACAAUUUCUGCUGAUUUGAAGGCUUGGGUUUACUGCGAGGGCCUACGAAACGCCAAUACUUCUGUGUGGAAUUUCCUAUGGGAAAGGUACUUGGCUACGGAUUUCUCUGGCGAACAAACUCUGAUCCUGUCGAGUUUAGGAUGCAGCCAGGAUGAGGAUAUAUUGAAUAAUUACCUGGCAUUAUCAAUAUCAACGAAUUCUUCAAUUCGUUCCCAGGAUACGUCUAGUGUUUUUACAUCGGUCUACACCGCUAGCCCUAGCAACGUGGACGUGGCUUUCAAUUUCCUCGUCAACAAUUACGAGGAAAUAUCCGAGUUUUACGGUGGAAUGAAUCGUAUUGGCAGCAUGCUGCAGGGGCUAGCCUCACGGGUGGUCAGUUCUGAGCAGCUUCAAAAGCUGAAGGAUUUCGUUGAAGAGAAACAAGACGUUCUGGGAGUUGCACUUACAUCGGCUCAGCAAGCUAUCGAACUUGCCGAGGAAAAUAUCUCCUGGCUAGAAAACUACGAGGCUGACAUUGUGGAGUGGCUGGCUGAAGAGGUGGCAACCAUUGAUGAACCUCAAGACAGUGGAUCCGAACGCGUCAGCUUCGGCAUUCUUCUCAUGACCAUAUCUAUAGGUGUUAUAGGAUUUAUGAAGUAUCUGACGCUAAUUUUUGCUGUCAUUACAACUUCCGUAACCUUGGCUCAUGACCCCUCGCCAAAAGAUAACCAAAAAACACACAAGGUUAAAGUUGGGGCCAAUGAGGACUACAGGCUUCCGAACAACACUGUUCCCAUUAAUUACAGCGUGUGGUUAGUUCCUUAUACGGAAGAAAAUUAUUUUGAAGGCAAGGUGAUAAUCGAAGUGACAGUCGUCGCUGAAACUUCCACUAUCGUUCUCCACGUCAACCAGCUUGAAAUUAGCAGCGUGGCAGUAACGUCUGAUCUUAGUGUCCCUGCAAUCAGUACUACAGCUUAUGAUCAAGAUCUGCAGUUUUAUACGUUUACUUUCGCGACGGCUCUUACCCUAGGUAAUUACUCACUGGAUAUAGAGUACACUGGCCAGCUAAGGAAUGAUUCAGUUGGCUUCUACAAAAGUUAUUACAACACCAGCUCCGGAGAGAUAAAGUGGUAUGUGAGUUCAUUUUUUGCGCCUAUUUAUGCUCGACAAGCGUUCCCAUGCUUUGACGAGCCAGCCUUCAAAGCCCAUUUCACCAUCAGCAUUGCCCACUGGCCUGAUCAGGUAGCCAUCUCUAAUGCACUGGAUGAAUACGUCUCUGAGCCCAACUCGACGAUCGGAAAUCGAGUAUGGACCAAGUUCUACACAACGCCUCUUAUGUCUACCUAUCUCGUCGCGUUCAUGGUUUUCGACUUUGAAUAUGUUGCCAACACGGGUGGAUCCUUCAGGAUCUGGUCUCGCCCAGAAGCUGUGGGCACUGCAAGCUACUCGCUAGCUGGCGAAUUGCUUUUGGACAAUCUGAGUACAUUCAUUGGAAUAAACUACAACGAAUCGUUUCCAAAAAUGGACCAGGUUGCACUACCUACCAGCGCUACAACCGCUAUGGAAAAUUGGGGUCUUAUCACAUACAGGGAACGUUGGCUAUUAUGGCAGGACGGUGUAUCCACCACGCGUGACAAACAGAACAUCGAAACCGUUGGGGCCCAUGAGUUUGCUCAUCAAUGGUUCGGUAAUCUAGUUACUCCGGAAUGGUGGAGUUACGUUUGGUUGAGUGAAGGAUUUGCCACGUUUUUCGAGUACUACACAGCCGCCCAAGUUAACCCCAGCUGGAGAUUGAUGGAACAAUUCACCGUGGAUAUAUACCAUACCGCGAUGCUUGCUGAUAGCUCGGACGAUAGUCGUCCAAUCAAUGAAGACGUCUAUAGUCCAGAUGAAGUCAAAUCAGUGUUUGAUGUAAUCAGCUAUUACAAAGGUGGUUCCAUAAUUCGAAUGUUAUUAAACUUUUUGGGAGAGCCUGUAUUCCAAAAAGGCUUACAAACCUACCAAGCAAAUAAUUCGUAUGGUACUGGUACUCCGGAAAAACUGUGGGAUGCUUUGAAGGAAGCCAAUGAUAACUUGGAUGACAGCAUUCUUAUUGGACACGUUGAUAUUAAGACGGUUAUGGAUACCUGGACAAAUCAGAAAGGCUAUCCUCUGAUCACCGUCACCAGAAACUAUACUACCGAAACUCAAACAAUUUCCCAGGAACGUUUCCUGCUCAAGGGGCGUGGUUCUUCAAACGACACAACAGAAUACAGGUGGUGGAUACCCCUCAACGUCGCUUCGCAGUCGUCCCCGAGCUUCAAUAACACGAGGGCUACCGCGUGGAUUCGAGCACAAGAUGAAAGUGUUUUCAUGAGUAGCGGUCAGAAUAGCGAUUGGGUCAUUUGUAAUUUACAGCAAACAGGUUUUUACCGAGUCAACUACGAUGAACAAAACUGGAACCUGAUUAGCGAGUACCUUAUAACUUCAAAUUUCACGAAUAUAUCCCCGAUAAACCGCGCGCAACUUAUUGAUGAUGCAUUCAAUCUCGCACGUGCCGGAUAUCUCAGCUACAAUAUCGCGCUAUCGCUCACUCGUUACCUGAGACAGGAAACAGACCAUGUUCCUUGGACUGCAGCAUUUAACGCGUUCGCGCACCUUGACAGAAUGCUAGCUCGCUCUACUGUCUACUCGAAUUUCCAGAGUUAUAUAUUCUCUCGAGUAUCUCCUAUCCAUAAUAGUCUCGGGUACACGGUUCAGGAUGGCGAUGAACAUGUAACAAGUUUUCUCAGGGCAAAUUCGCACUCCUGGGCUUGUCGGAUGGGCUGUCCUGGUUGCAAUAGCCAGUCUCAACAGCUUGUACAAGACUUUUAUAAUAGCGGAGGGAAUACCUCCAUUGCAGUUGACCUCAGAGCGUGGGCGUAUUGUGAAGGGCUGCGGAUUGCUGAUGCCAAUGUCUGGAAUUUCAUGUGGGAGAGGUAUCUAGAGACGAAUGUAGCUGGAGAGCAGGCCUUAAUUCUUUCGGGUUUGGGCUGCAGCCUGGAUGAGAAUAUUUUGCUCAGAUACCUGACAUUCUCCAUUACUGAAAACUCUGGCCUCCGUUCUCAUGAUAGACUUGCUGCUUUUACUUCAGUUUACUCGAACAGCCCAUCCAAUGUAGACGUUGCACUUCAAUUUUUGUUUCACAACAUUGCGAACAUAUCUCUUCACUACGGAGGAUUGAACGUUGUCGGAAAUUUGCUGCAAAAUCUUGCCACUCAUUUAGUGUCAGAGAGUCAGUUGGUCAAUCUCGAGACGUUUAUUUCUGAGUACGGCGAUCAGCUAGGAGAGGCCGCAUCCUCGGCCCAACGUGCAAUAGAAAUCACGAAAGAAAAUAUAAACUGGCUUGACACCUAUGAAGGUGAUAUAACCCAGUGGCUCGACAACGAAUUAAAUUCUGCCGGAAAUUUACCAACUGCCUUUGGCCCGAUAAUUCUCUGUUUUAUAUAUGGGAUUCUCAACCUUGCAGGUUGAUUAUCUUAAGGAGAAAACUGUUGUUAAAUAUAUGCAAUACGAGGUGUGAAUUUUACUCAGGUUGUGAAACGUCAAAUGAUCGUUGUAAUUUUCAAGAAAUAAGUAAGUAAUUCAAAAAAUUCAA